UCUUGAUCUGAUCGAAUCAUCGAAACGAAUACGAGAGAGAGAGAGAGUUAGUUUUAUUAUCCUCUCCUCUCUCCUAAAAAAACCCAAAAAUGAUUUCGUUCUCGCACCACCGUCGAACUCAAUCGGAGCUACAUGUCCGAAUCCCCGACGAAUUUGAUCUCGAUCUCGAUAUGGAUGUGGAUUUGGAUGUUGAUUCCUUUGAUUUCAAAAAUUCCAUUCCUAACAACGAAACCGUCAUCUCCUCCUCCUCAUCUUCCGUAGCAGCUGAAUCCCUCUCUAAGCCAGUAUCCGACCACCAACUACCUCCGCUAUCACCUGCCUCUGCACCCGCGCCCAUUGUAGAUACCAAUAAAACCACCGUGAGGCCUGGUCACCGGCGUAGCAACUCGGCGGAUGACGCCUCUUCUUCUUCGUUGUUGUUGGAAGGCAUUGAGGCCAAGAAGGCCAUGUCCCCUGACAAGCUUGCUGAAUUAUGGACCGUUGAUCCCAAGCGAGCCAAGAGGAUUUUGGCCAACCGUAAGUCGGCGGCCCGCUCAAAGGAGAGGAGAGCUUGUUAUGUGGUGGAGCUUGAGAGAAAAAUUCAGGUUCUUCAAACAGAAGCAACUACUCUUUCAGCCCAAUUAAAUCUUUUCCAGAGAGAUACAACUGGUUUGACUACUGAAAAUACUGAACUUAGGCUACGCUUACAAGCUAUGGAGCAACAAGCUAAGUUAUGUGAUGCUCUGAAUGAAGCACUGAAAAAAGAAGUUGAUAGACUCAAGAUUGCUACUGGAGAGAUGGUAACUCGUCCCAAUUCGAAUAGUUUGGCAAUGCAACGGGCUUCAUAUUCUCAAGCUCCUUUCUUCUCGCUUCAACUGCAACAUUUUGCAAGCGAACUUCACACCAUGCAAAUGCCUCCUUUGCAUCCACUAUUGCCUAAUAUGUCUUCCCCUCAACCGCUGAUUGAUGUAGCUACUCCAUACAAUUUGUCAAACAUGUUGCCAAGUGAUCCUGUUCCUGUUGGCCAAUUUCAGGUGCUAGACAUAAGUCAUCCGAUCCCUCAUGUUCUGAUUCAUGAUGGUCCCUCCAUUUCUGUUAAUAAAAUCAACAAUGCCUUUUGAUUUAAAUUUGACUGACCAACAUG